ACUACUUUCACUUUCUCACUGACAUUUAACAGGUUACAAGACCGUUUUUACGUUCUUGUGAAUGUGUGAUUGGCACUGAUUGUGCUUCCGUCUGUAGAGAUGAAUGUUCUCCGGCCUUUGUCAUGCCUACUUCCAGACUCAGGCACAAAAUUGGCCCUUAUUAUUCUCAACCGACCCCUUGAUGUGCCACUGUUGACAGCAUUGUGGAAGAAAAGCGCCUUCACGGCAGUGACGGAUGGCGCAGUGAACAGAUUGCUAAAGAAUUGUGGGGAUCAGAAGGAUGAAUUUAUCCCCGAUGUCAUCUCUGGUGACUUUGACUCUGCCCUUCCUGCCAGUCUUGACUAUUACCGCAAUUGGAAUGUGGAGAUCUUGCCGACCCCCGACCAGAACGAGACCGACUUCACUAAGUGUCUCCGGAUUGUGUGUGAGAAAACCGGACAAAUUCCAUUGGAGCAAAUUGUUGCUUUGGGGUCGUUUGGCGGACGUUUUGACCAUACACUGGCUAAUGUCAACACCCUGUACACAGCCCGCGGCCUCAGCAAAAAACCCACCAUCCUCCUGUCUGAAGGUUCAAUGGCCUGUUUGCUGGACAAGGGUGAGCACACUAUCUACUGUGACACAGGUCUGGAGGAUGACUGGUGUGGUCUAGUGCCGGUAGGCCAGCCUGCCAACCUGGUGACCACCACCGGGCUCAAGUAUAAUCUGAACAAGGACAGUAUGAGGUUCGGAGAGCUCAUCAGCACGUCCAACUCGCUGGCCAGCCCAACAGUGACCGUCUCAACUGACCAGCCUCUUCUGUGGGUCAUGGGCUACAAGCAGGAAUGAGAGGGCCAAGCUGCUGGACAAAAGUGUUCAGUGGACACACACACAAACACCCCUCCUUUUCCCUUAGUAAUGAUAGUAGAUUACAAAUAUACAUUUUAUAUAGCAUAUUUCCACGAGGAAAGUGCUCAGUGUGCUUUACAAUAAAAUAAAAAAACAUAGUGAUCCUUCCCCCCCCCCCUCUCUCUCUCUCUCUUCCCACUUCCUCUCUCUGGUUUAAUUUGGAUUACAUUGAACAGGACAGUAAGAAAAUUAAAGAUAACAACUCUUCCCUCACCUCCCCUCUUCACAUUAACUUUGCCUAUCCACUUUGAAUUGUUCUCAGUGCUGCCUAAGUUCCCAUUUGAGGUAGAUUCAGGGUAAAUUUUUGUAACUUUGGCCUAAAAUCAAAUAGUACAGAUAAAGAAGGGGACGAAAAGGAUAAACUUUACCCAGGUACAAGUAGUUGCCAUCAAGCAGAGCUAGCUUCUAGAAAUAUUAUUAAGAAAUUAUACUUUAUAUAUCUUAUUUUAUGUGUGUGCGAAUAUUGUGAAGGUGAGCAAUGUUGAUGAUAUGAUAUAACGUUUUUGUAAACAUUUAUAAACUUUGAUUCUAAUCUCGGUGCCCAUUGUAAAUUUGGUAGUUUAGGCACCUCCUUUAGUAUGAUGAUUAAAGCAGGUCCAAAACUGGUACAUACUGAAAAAAUCGGUAGAAAUAAGCAGCCCUGUGUACCAUUAAUAGUAAAAGUAUUAUCUUUGGCUGUUGGAUGGGGUGGAAGGGGAGUACAGGAAUAAGAGCGCUUUUUUUUACUCUCGUCUUUAAAAUCUGUGAUUUUGUUCUUGAGAUCUUGUUACUCGCGUUUACCAAAACAAUGGAAAGGACUUGUUACAUAAGUCUACCAUUGAUUCAGUGCUCUCAGGAAGUUUCUAUAUUAAAAAAAAAUAUUAUGCA